AUGGCAGUUAGGAAAGCACAGCUAUCUCUCCUCCUCCUCCUCCUCCUCCUCCUUGUGGCCAAUCUGGCGUUAUCCCUGGUGGCGCAAUCCAGCAUGAACCUGGAUCCCGCCUCCGUGGCGGCAGCUGCAAGCGGCGGCGGCGGCGCAAUGGACAUCGACGACGGGGAGGAGAUGAUGAUGGACUCCGAAUCCUCAAGGCGAGUGCUUUUCCGGACCAGAUUCUUGAGCUACUCCGUCUUGCGGAAGGACCAAAUUCCGUGCGGCAUGAAAGGCCCUUCUUACUAUUUUUGCCACUCCCACCACCCCAUCCGCCCCUACACCCGCGGCUGCAGCCGCUUCACCAGAUGCGGCGGAAGAGGCCGUUAA